AUGUUUUUCAAUCGCCUUUUUUCUACUCCUAUCCACCACCAUCGCCGUUUUGUUAACACAUCAUCCCUCUUCUACGUUAAACGCCUUUCUUCAAUCCAAGCAUCCCCUCCCAUGUCCAAAAUUGAAUCGGAUCCCUCUUCGAUUCAUAGCAGAGUCAUGAUGCUUAUCAAAUUAUACAACCUAGACGCGGCCGCAGAGCAAGCACGUUUGGCCAUCUUUUCCACAGGUAAUCCUUUAUUGACCGCCGAGACCUGCGUGGCUAUCAUCGACGCUAUGCGCAGUGACCGACGGUAUAGUGACGCAUACGAUUUGUUCCAUUACUACGCUGAUAAAGCUAAAUCGGAUCUGAUAACCAACCUCUGCUCCACUCCAAUCAUCAUUGCCUUAUGUGAUGAAGGCAAACUCGACGAGGCUCUUGAAUUAUACACACACUUUUUGUUGCGCAAUCGUCCGAGUUAUCGUGCCCAACUAGCCCUGGCUCAAGGGUUGGUCGACGCGGGUAGGAUUGAUGAAGCUAUAGAUAAGUUCUACUGCGUGGAUAGGUCCGUUUAUGGCAUUUUCAUCCGUGGGUUUUUGGAUUUGGGGAAUCUUGAAAGGGCUAACCAGCUUUUUCAAGAGCUCAAGUUGAGUGACGACUCGGACACUGUGGCGCAGGCAAGUGCGAUGUUUAUGGAGAAUUGGUUUAAGCAGGAGAUGGAUGAGAAAGCUAUGGAGUGUUACUUGUCGUCCAAGGAAGACUUCAGCGAGAUCUAUGCGACUGCUGCAAAUGCCUUUUUGAAAGUGUUGCUAAGGUACGGUAAGAAAAAAGAAGCUUGGUUAUUGUUCAGUCAGAUGCUGGAGCAAAGCAAGUGCCCGAGAAAGUUCGAUUCUGAGUCGUGUAAUAUUAUGGUGGAUGAGUGUUUCAAGCUUGGGAAGAUUAGCGAGGCAGUUGAGAUAUUUCACAAGUCUGUUGGCACAGUUAGUCAUCCACAGUUGGCUUACAGGAACCUGAUCACCAAGUUUUGCGAGCAAGAUCUCUUGUCCGAAGCAGAGCAAUUUUUCGCUGAAAUGUGCUCUAAAAAGUUUUUUCUCCCUGAUGUUCCAACAUAUCGAACGAUGAUGGAUGCAUAUGUGAAGAAGGGUAGAGUCAGUGAUGCUGUAAAAACUGUGAACCAAACAUUGGAUGCCUCUUUAAACUAUAUUGCUAAGAAAGUCAUAGUAGUGUAA